AUCCCAUUUAUUUCUGAACCGUCCUACGCCGAGAACUCGUAAAUUUUGAACCGCAACCUUGUCUACGGGCCGGCCCGUGCUCAUUCACUCGUUGAUUCGGACUCCCAAACGAAAGCAACGAUUAACGAGCGCAGAUAGAGAGAGUUCUUGAGGUUUCUAAUAUCUGAUUCUGCCAAUUCGUUUCCAUGGUAACAAUCAACGGAGCAAAACAGAUCCUUUUCGCCUCACUUCUGCAUUUCUUCUGCUUUUUUCUUCCUUCGGUUCUGGCAGUUUCAUCUCCGAGUAGUGAUGGUUACGCUAUAAAUGGUCGGGUGAAGAUCGGGAGUACUGGGGAAAAAGGGUUUGGUUUUCUUGCAAAACUAUCAAAUGCUAAAGUUAUACUCAAUGGUGGCCAAAGGGUCACCUUUCUCAGGCCAGAUGGAUAUUUUUCAUUCCAUAAUGUGCCAGCUGGAACUCAUCUUAUUGAAGUUGCUGCAAUUGAUUACUUCUUUUCGCCAGUUCGAGUUGAUGUCAGUGCCAGAAACCCUGGUAAGAUUCAGGCAGCACUGACAGAGAACAGGAAGGGCUUGACUGAGUUGGUUUUGGAGCCUUUGAGAGAAGAGCAAUAUUAUGAGAUAAGGGAACCCUUCUCCAUAAUGUCAGUCCUGAAAAGCCCGAUGGGUCUGAUGAUGGGAUUCAUGCUGAUUGUUGUGUUCCUUAUGCCCAAACUAAUGGAGAAUAUUGAUACUGAAGAAAUGAAACGAGCACAGGAAGAAAUGAGAAAUCAAGGGGUUCCCACUCUGGCAGGCUUGAUAUCUGGAGCGGGGAGGAGUUAAAGAUAAAAUUUAGAUUUGAAAGUUGGGAAAUUCUAGAAUGGAAAUUUGGGUAGUCUGGAUCCUAUGUUUUAUUAUUACUUUAUUUAUAUUUUGUUGAAGGGAGUCCUCUGCUCAUACAGGGCACUUGUCCUGGAAUAUCAUGAGUUAUAUGACAGAUGAGUGCCUCUGAAGAUUGCUGGAGUUUUGGUUCUUUAGCAAUGCAAUUCUAGUCUGAUUCACAGGUGGAUUGAAAAA